CACGCGGCGUUCGGCGUUCUUGGGGAGAGUCUACGGCAUCGGGAGCUGCAUCCCGGGAAAUUGUUAGAGAACAGUGCAGCCAAGAGCGGAGAUUCGAGCAGAGCAGAGAAGCGGAGAUUCGAGCAGCAGGAGACAGCUCCAUCCAUCAUCAGAAACAUGGCCACGCCGACGCAAGCACAGCCAUACGGCGGGAACCCGUAUCCCACACCCGCAUCAAACACCAGUGCUGGCCCGCCCGCACCGCAGAGCGCCUAUCCGACGGAUCGAGCGCCCCAGUCUGCUCCGCCGCCAUACCAGCAGCAGCAACAGUCCCAGCCUUCGCCGCCGCAAUUCGAAAAAUACUGCAUCAUCCACAUUGCUACCACGUGUGACGAGCAUGGCGUCUAUGUUACUAAAGACAGCGCCGAGGUUAUCGAAAUUGGCUGGGUGGUGGUCGAUGCGCAAAACCCCGAGCGAGAGUUGCACCGCCAGUCCGUGCUUGUCCGUCCUGUCAACACCCCUAUCACGCCGCUGUGCACAUCUCUGACCACUUUGACCUGGGAGCAUGUGAAGAACGCUGGUUCCUUCCGCGACGCCAUCUCUGCUUUCGACCAGUACGCUCAGGAGAAUCUUAUCAAUAAGGACGCCGGCCCAGGAGCACCACCGACCUUUGCUUUCUUGACACUCACUCCGUGGGAUCUACGAGUACAACUGCCGCGUGAAGCUCGCGACAAGAACGUCGUCCUGCCAGCUUACCUACAACAUCCCAUUCUUUUCGGACUACGCGGCGAGUACCAGACAUUUCAGGCACACCAUCCCGAAACCCUGGCCUUCAGCUCGUCAAGCCUGUCGUCAAUCUGUGCAGGACUGGAAGUAGAAGAGGUGCGCUCUUCUGGCAAGGUCACUGGCGGACUCCCAUUCCACCUGCAAGCACUCGCUCCAUCGUCCCCUCGUCGCGCCUUGGAGGAGGCAUUGACUCUGACUCGCUGCUUGAACUCACUCCUGAAGAAGUCACGACCCUCAGCCUCUAAUCCUCAGGGUACUCCAGACAUCCUGACCCGUCCACUUGACGCACGCAGUGACGUCCGGGCCUUCCUCGGCGAAAGGAGUAAAGUUCUCCAUCUCAGCGGCCUGCCGCACGAUACAACGCAGAGCGAGCUGGAGAGUUGGUUUACGCAGUACGGUGGUCGACCUAUCGCCUUCUGGACGCUGAGAACGCCUGAAGGAGGAAAGCCGAGCGGCAGUGGCUUCGUCGUGUUCGGCAGCCACGAAGAGGCUGCAGAAUCACUCAGCAUGAAUGGACGCGCACUCAAUGAUCGCGCCAUCGAAGUAGCGCCCUCUUCCAGCAGGGUGUUGGACCGCGCUGCACACUCGCAGCCACCAGGCGGACCACCUCUUCUCACUCCUUUCCCUCCAUCGAAAAAUCGCCCGCGUCCUGGAGACUGGACUUGCCCAAGCUGCGGCUUCUCAAACUUCCAACGACGCACAGCAUGCUUCCGUUGCUCGUUCCCCGCCAUGGGCGCAUCCCAGCCUGAUCCCUAUAGCCAGCCCUAUGGAAUGCAACCAGGUCCAUAUGGCGCUGGUGGCUUUGGCGGACACCCAGGAAUGAUGGGCGGUCACAUGCAUGGUGGCGGAUUUGGCGGCGGGAUGGGUGGAUCUAGUGGAGGCCGUGGUGGAAUCGUACCCUUCCGUGCUGGAGAUUGGAAGUGCGGUAACGAAGGCUGUGGCUACCAUAACUUUGCUAAGAACGUGUCGUGUUUGCGAUGCGGUGCUUCGCGCAACAACGCAGCUGUUGUCGCUGAGAGCGGUAUGACAAGCUUCCCUGGCGGCGCAUCGUAUGGAGGGCCGCCUCCCAACAUGCCUCCUAUGCAGUCGAUGGACUCUGGCGCGUAUGGCGGAAUGCAGGCAGCAGCUGCAGGAUACGGUGGCAGUGGCAUGGCAGGUCCACCUGGCGGCUUCAGCGGACAAUCAUUCGGUCCUCCCUCAUCAUACGCGCUUCCAUCUGGAAUUGCUGCUCCGAGCCCGUACAUGUCUGGCGGCUACUCACAAAUGGCAAGCAAUGGCGGCGUUCAGUCUCAGGGUGGCUUCGACAGCAGAGCCGAACAAGCAUUCAACCACGGCAACACUGGAGGACAGACUGGACCAGGAGCGUAUGCUAACGGAGCGUACGGCAACACGGGUGCUUAUGGCAACGACGGAUCGGCAGACCCAUUCUCAUUCCUCUCUUCAGGAAUGGGUCAGUUGGGAAUCAAUGACGGCGACAACCGUCGCAACGGUCAAGGUGGCGCUAAGUCACCGCAAUAAUCUUCCUCCGGUAGGUCAUGUUAACAGCACAUGAGGCGAGGCGAGGCCAAGGUGGCGACAGUGGGGCGGUUGGAGAAAGCAGAUUGUAUCAAAGACACUCGGACAACAUAUGGGAAUCGAAUUCGGCUGCAAAGGGCUCAAAGGUUAGCGUCGGCGUCGGAGAGGUGGGUGAUGGUAUUAGCGAGGGCGCUGGACAUCGGCACAGGAUCAUCCUCAUCACACAAAACACAUCAAGCAAGUAUGGCUGCAUGGGAGCGAGAAGCACGCACAAACACAACACACUUUUU